AAGGGUAUGCUUUGUUCAUAUGUCAUAUAUGAGGUUUACAUUCACUUUAAGGCCCACAGAUCUGAUGUCUGUCUGGCCGGAAUAGGUUAAGUAUAUGCACAUUAGACCAGGGGUGGACUUACCAUUCGGAUACUCGAGCACUGCUCGAGGGCCCGGGGUCAGUAGGGGGCCCCAUGAGAUGUCCCUGGUACCUUUCAUAGGCUUUUUUGGGUGUGGUUUGAGUGUGGCGAGGACACAGGGGCCCCAUGAUCCCCUAUUGCCUUUGGGCCCGGGGUCAGUAGGGGGCCCCAUGAGGUGCCCCUGGUACCUUUUUCAUAGGCUUUUUUGAGUUUGAGCAAGGACACAGGGGCCCCAUGA